UAGUACUAUAUAAUGCGUAGAAUUGGAGAGAUAAAAGAGCAGCAUUAACGAGGCUUCUACAGAUAGUGAAGAUGGAGAUUGGAGAGAGAAAGCGUGCUUGCCAAGGGGUUUGAAUUUUGAAGAAAGAAGGAACUGCUCUCUUCAAUUUAUAGGGUUUGAUAUUCAGAUUUGCGACGAAGAAAAUCAGUCUGGGGCGUUGACAGAUGGGGCCAAAAAAAUGUCAGGUUUGCGACGAAGCAACAUCCAAGUAUAAGUGUCCUACAUGUCUCAUACACUAUUGUUCUGUGGUCUGUUUCAAGAAACACAAAGAAAUUCCAUGUGUUAAGCCAAUAUCUCCUUCCGAGGCAAAACUGACUUCAGCUUCAGUGUCGCACGUUGAAAGACCAUACCAUGUUGAUGAACCAAGUGAGGUGCUGCAACAAAUGCAAUUAGAGUCUAUAGCUUCUUCCAGUGAAAUCCGUGAUGCUUUAAAGGAUGAAGAACUUCAAAAACUCAUAUACAACAUAGAUUGUUCGCCAGAUGCUGAGAAUGAACUCGACAGAGCAAUGCAAGUGGAUGUAUUCCGCAAAUUUGCUGACAAGAUUCUAUCUAGCAUUAGUCCACCGUAGAGUGGGGUUCUUGUAGCUGGACGAAGAUAUUGCAAGAACCUUGAACCCUUAGCGGAGAAGCGUUUUGUAAAGCUAUAUACUUUUUUCUCUUCUUUGACUCAAAUGCGGCUGUCUAUCCUGGCUCCAAGGGUAAAGUUCAACACAAAGUUUUUGUUUUUUAAUAGAAACUUGAUAAAGACGGGACAAGAUUUGUUUUUAGGAUCUUGUUACAUUUUGUGGCUGCCUAAUUUUUUUCAUCAGGGUUUGUGAAUUUUAUCAA